AGGGAGACGCUCCAUCCCGGCGGCCGUCGGCGCCCGGUCGGUCCCGCCAUGGGUUCCUGAGGAGAACGAGGCCGGGCCGAGACCUCCGAGACCCCGGAGCCUCGCGGGGUUGUCGGUGUCCGGCCCCCGAGGCACGAUGUUGGUGACGGGCGCCUCUCCGACGGCGGUCGCGGCCCCCAGCGUCUCGGCGGGGCCCGCCGGCAGCCCGGCCGUCGUGGAGCAGCCGAUAUUCCUGAUGACGACGGCGGCCCAGGCCACCUCGGGCUUCUUUGUGUGGACGGCUCUGCUCAUCACCUGCCAUCAGAUAUACAUGCACCUGCGCUGCUCCAGCUGCCCCAACGAACAGCGCUACAUCGUCCGCAUCCUGUUCAUCGUGCCCAUCUACGCCUUCGACUCCUGGCUCAGCCUCCUCUUCUUCACCAACGACCAGUACUACGUCUACUUCGGCACCGUGAGGGAUUGCUACGAGGCCUUUGUCAUCUACAACUUCCUGAGCCUCUGCUAUGAAUAUCUCGGAGGAGAAAGCGCCAUCAUGUCUGAGAUCCGGGGGAAGUCCAUUGAGUCGAGCUGCAUGUAUGGGACCUGCUGCCUGUGGGGGAAGACUUACUCCAUUGGAUUCUUGCGGUUCUGCAAGCAGGCCACUCUGCAGUUCUGUGUGGUGAAACCCCUCAUGGCCAUCAGCACGGUGAUCCUCCAAGCCUUCGGCAAGUACCGGGACGGUGACUUUGACGUCACCAGUGGCUACCUGUACGUGACGAUCAUCUACAACAUCUCCGUCAGCCUGGCCCUGUACGCCCUCUUCCUCUUCUACUUCGCCACCCGCGAGCUGCUCAGUCCCUACAGCCCAGUCCUCAAGUUCUUCAUGGUCAAGUCAGUCAUCUUCCUUUCCUUUUGGCAAGGGAUGCUGCUGGCCAUCCUGGAGAAGUGCGGUGCCAUCCCCAAGAUCCACUCGGCCGAGGUGUCUGUGGGCGAAGGCACCGUGGCCGCCGGCUACCAGGACUUCAUCAUCUGCGUGGAGAUGUUCUUCGCGGCCCUGGCCCUGCGGCACGCCUUCACCUACAAGGUCUACGCCGACAAGCAGCUGGAUGCCCAAGUCCCGACGUACGGCCCUUACGGCCGCUGCGCCCCCAUGAAGAGCAUCUCCAGCAGCCUCAAGGAGACCAUGAACCCCCACGACAUCGUGCAGGACGCCAUCCACAACUUCUCCCCCGCCUACCAGCAGUACACGCAGCAGUCCACCCUGGAGCCCGGGCCCACCUGGCGUGGCGGCGGCGUGCCCACCCGCUCCCACGGCCUCGGCGCUGCCCACGACCACGAGAAGACCCUCCUCCUCAGCUCAGACGAUGAGUUCUAGAAGGCAGGCGGCCCCUCUUUCCUCCUCUUCCCCCGGGGCCACCCCGAACCUCCCUUUAAUUUAUUGAACCAGAGGCGGGUGGGUUUCUCCGACCCCCUGGGAUCUCGACAGCGCCCGCGAACUGGUCUGGGCGCCUCCUCGCCGGGGAUGCGUGAGCGAGGCAGAGGCGGUGGGGCUUCGUCGGAGGAGGGGGUGGGUGACUGUGGAGCACGAAAACCGGGCGCUCAGGGCGAUUUUUUCCCCCUACAUCCCGAGUUCCGUGGCGCUCGUGGCCAAAACGUUUACGUUUGCGUCGGUGCUGCCUCUUCUGUCUGCCCCCGAGCUGGGGGGCCGCCCCCACUGCCCGGCUUGCGGUCCAAACCUUCCUCUCCAGGCCAAGGGGAGGGACCAAGUCCCUGUCCCCAUCUGAUAGUGCAAUACUCUGCCCCGCUCCCUGGGCUUCUUUGCCCGUGCUCCCCACCCCAACCCCAGCUGGGGCAGGCUUUGGCGUUGGCUUUGCCCCAUUUGUGUCUCUGCCCCCCGUGUCUCUGGUGGACCCGCUGGGAAGUCUGUCGGGGAGAGGGCGCCCACUCCACCUUUGCCCUCUGCUCCUCCUCUUCCUUCCUUCCCCCGCUGUUUUCCCCCUUUCCCAUCUUUUCAUCCUCCUCUUCAGGCUCCGCCCCGCCACAGUGCAGGAAGGCUGCAGCACUUGGUUCCGUUCAAAGCCACCACCUGCAGGGGCCAUUGGUGGACUGGGGAGGGGGAGGCAGAGGCCCUCAGUGCUGGUGAGAGAGUGGGGGUCUCCUCCCGUGAUGCCCUAUGUCUCCUGGGGUCUCCUGUCCCGUGCCUUCCCUUUUCCUCAGCCCCUCCAAGUCAGGAAUAAGCGGUAGUUGGUCCUCCCGGGGCCCCCCGCCGCCUUUUCCAUUGCUCUGCUCCCUGUGCCCAGGAUGAGUCUGUGGAAAUGAUGCCACAGUGGGCAUUGGGCAGGACGGGGUGGGCUCUGCCCAUGCCUAGAUACUGUUGUGGGCCCCCAGCAUUGAACCCUGGACAGCGGAGGCCAUCCUGCUGCCUCCUGCCACCGACUCAGUUCUCUGGUGUGGGUGCUUGAGGGAGUCUCGGAAAGGAGAGGAGGUUAGUGAGGUGGAGCGGGGGAGUUCCCUCCCUUGUGUUCUAAAUCUAGGAUCGCCCCAUUCUCCCCUUCCUCUUCCCCCUCUAACCCCAUUCUCUUCUGUGCCUUAGUUCCACAGGGGCCCCAGAAUCCCCCUUCCCCUCCCACCAAUUUGUCGGAAAAAGCCACCCCGACGUGGCCAAGGGGAGGCAACAGCUGGCCGGGGUUGGGGGGGGCCACGGCGUUGCCGCCGGAGGGAUGAAAAUUGGGAUUCCACCUGUCGUUUCCCUCCCCAGGCCCGGCCCGAGUCUCCGUGGGCAACCAGAGCUGGUGGGGAGGGCGGGAGGAGCGGGCGGGGCUUGUAGAGCAUUCGCUUUCUGUUAUCAAGAUCUCGUGUAACAUUUAUCCUUAAACAUGAAGCAUCGAGUCGAUUUUCAACACUAAUGGCCGGGUGGGUGGUCAGGAAGGGGGCGAGGGGUGGGCACCUCCCCUUUAGACUGGGGUACUGCUCGGAGGCUUGGUCUGGCCCCUCCUUGAGGGCACCGCCGUCCCCCCCACCAACCUGGAGCUUGGCGAGAGGGGACGCGGGGGGCUCGGUCCCCUGAUUGAUGUCUUUCCGGAGUGGAGGGAGGGCAAGGGAAGGCCUGACUCUGUGCUCGGGAUCCCGGCCUAAUUCAGAAACAACCGGCUGCCCGCCCCCAGAUCAGGCUGACUGCUUCCUGCCGAGAGCCGCUUGGCCUCCCGGGGAGGGCAGGGCAGGGGACAUCCAGCCUCCCCCCUUCCCAUUUGGUCCUUCAUUUUCCUUUCUCCCCUUGUCGCUCCCUGACUCCUGCCCUUUGGGCCAGCAUUAUGGAGUUUGGGGUGCUAGAGGGGAUGGGGAAUUGGUGGGAAGACAUGAAGGGGGGAACAGACAAAACGACAGGGGAAGGUGGAUCAGCGGAGGAGGGUGGCACCUGCGGCCGCCUUGUAGGUAACAAACCAUCCUGAGGUGCCCUGCUCUGUCCCACCCACCCCCCACACUUCCUCUUUAUGUGUAACAUACCGUGUCCCCUUUUUUUUUUAUUUUCAGGUAGAGUAGCUUCUUUGUAUAUAAAAACGACUUGAAAACAAAUUGUAUGAUAUAUAAGACAGAGUCACCUAGUUUUGUACUUCGUGUAGAACUGCCGUGGGCUCCGCCAGAAGCCGCUCUCUCUAUUUUGGUCUCUGUGACUUUUAAACGCGCGACUGCAGCAAGCAAAUAAAGUGAGAAAAAUAAAUAUAUAUAUCUGAGAUGCUAUACAGAUUGUACUCAAA